AUGACAUUGACUUCUCUUGGCCAAAUAUCGUCAAACAUCACCGGCUUCAUCCUCAGCGGGAUUCCGGGUCUAGAAGACUACAAUUUCUGGAUCGGUUUUCCUGUGCUCUCUAUGUACAUCGUGGCUGUCUUAGGGAACUGCACCCUCAUGUACACCAUCAAGACCGAGCCGGACCUACACGAGCCCAUGUAUAUCUUCCUCUUCAUGCUGUCCGCUGUCGAUCUCUUCUUAGCCACCACAACCAUGCCCAAAAUGCUGGGGAUCUUCUGGUUAAACUCUAGAGAGAUCUCCUUCAACAUGUGCCUGGUCCAGAUAUUCUUCAUCCCCUUCCUGUCAACUCUGGAGUCUGGAAUCCUGGUGGGAAUGGCUGUAGACCGCUACAUGGCUAUCUGCCACCCUUUGAGAUACUCCGCCAUUUUGACCAACAAAAACAUAAUAAAACUCACCCUGAUGAUUGUGGUCAGGGGGUCAGCGGUCAUGAUUCCCUUCCCGUUGAUUAUCAAGAGACUCCCUUUCUGCAGUGCUAAUGUCCUGACGCACUCCUACUGCCUUCAUCAGGAGGCCAUGAAGUUGGCCUGCGCCGAUAUCCGAGUCAACAUUAUCUAUGGUCUGUUUGGAAUCCUCUCUGUGAUGGGCGUAGAUUCGCUCUUCAUUUCCUUAUCCUACUUUCUAAUAAUCAAGGCCGUAGUUGGCCUGGUGGAAGAAGCCAGUCUAAAAGCUUUCCGUACAUGCGCGGCUCAUAUCUGCGCCGUCCUCGUCUACUACAUCCCGCUGAUCGGCCUGUCCGUGGUACACAGAUUUGGAACCGCCGCUGUCCCAAACCUACACAUACUCUUUGGGAACGUUUACCUCCUCGUACCCCCCGUAAUUAACCCCAUCAUUUACGGCAUUAAAACAAAGCAGAUUCGCGGCAAACUGCGCCGGAUUUUCUGCAAGAGAAUGAAUUGGACCAAAACUCCCGGGAACCUGUAA